AUGGAUAUGCGUCCCGUCUUCAAUGGGCUGAUUCUCGAUAACGACGACUCUCUUUUACGGUACAAAGGUGAAUGGGAGACGAACCUGGAAGAGGUCGAUGCUAUCAAUCAGUCGAAUCGGGCAGGGCCCCUCUUCAAUCACACCUCUCGGUGGACAACGGGUAACGGGAGUGUAUCCGCUACCUUUCACGUUUCCCCCUCCUUCGGCCUCCUCAAUAACCAAGUCCUCUGCGACACGGGCGAAAUUUCACCGGCCCUCCACACCCUCACCCUCAACGUCGAAGGAGGGGGUGAUCCGUUCUGGGUGGAUUCCUUCCGAUACAUGCCCGCCUUUGCACGUAUUGAUCCACCUUCAACGCGGUUCGUGAGCCCACUGGACUCGUCGAUUGAAUACGACUCUUCGUGGACAAGCGUGACUGGUAGUACGGGGCCCCACCGCAUGACAAAUACCCCUGGUGCCCAAUUGGAGUAUACUUUCAUGGGAUCGUCUGUGGCGUGGUAUGGUAUAAUCCCAGCCGGGUCCCCUUCGCUCCCAGCUCGAAUCGAAUGGACCAUCGACCGCAAACCUCCAAACUCGGUCUUCAUCAGUGGCUUCCCAGAGACCAACGAAACGCUCACGAAUCAAUUAUUUUUCAAAUCGCCGGUGUUGUUGAACACGGUUCACAGCCUCAAGGUCGUUUACCACGGCAAUUCCUCGACUGUACCGCUGGCGUUGGACCACUUUAUCUAUGAAAGAAAUGGAAUAAUACUGGCUCCGACCUACCGCCCAAGCCGAGAUGAUCCUCCCAAACCGCUCACCGUAGGCCAGCUUGGAGGAAUCAUCGGUGGAUCCGCGGUCGGUGCAGUCGUUAUCUUCUUGUCCGUCAUGUCUAUUAUACGCCGUCGUCGGGCUAGAAAGAUGUCCUUGAGUGGCUCUUACUCCGCCGUGCGCCCUUCAAGUCCUUCUCGUCCGGCCUCGUCGCUUUCGCGCCAUCAUGGCAGGAGUUCGUAUACUGGGUCUCAGGGUGGUCCACCUCCAGUUUAUACUCCGAUGGUACGGUGA